AUGAAAGUGUCGGCGAGAGAGAGAAAGAAAAGGAGUGAGCAAACAAAGAGACAACACCGAGUUUUGUUUUUAAGAGUUUUACAAGAAAAGGAAAAAAAGUUAGUUAGGGGAAAAAAUAGCGGGAAACCGUCGAUAUCCGGUGAGUCAAAGGGGAUUUGUGAGUGUGUAGCCACCGGCUAUUGCGGGUUAAACGUAACGAACACGCCUCGACUUAAGCCUUGA